AUGUCAUCCAUUUCCGUUAGGUUCAUCGAAGAAUCUGACAAAGAUCAAUGGUUGAGGCUCUGGAAGGGUUACCUCAAAUUCUACAAAAGCUCAGUCAGUGACCAAGCCACUGAAUUUACCUUCACGCGAUUUCUAGAUCCCAACGUCAAGAUGUGGUCCGCAGUCGCAAUCGACCUUGAGUCUGGCGCUGUAGUUGGAUUUGCGAAUUAUCUUUCUCACAUGCAAACUUGGGACGUGAAGGAUAAGAUUUAUCUCAACGACCUAUUUGUGGACGAAAGCAUUCGAUCCAAGGGCGUCGGUAGAGCUCUCAUCAAUCAUGUAUACGACCAUGCUGACAAACUAGGUACGCCUAACGUAUAUUGGUCGACCGCCACCGAUAAUCAUCGUGCUCAAUUGCUAUAUACAAAAGUUGGUCGCUUCUCUGGUUUUGUGAAGUAUGUCAGAAGUUAA